AUGGAAGCAUCUGUGCCAAUCCACAGGUACACACACCGCGACCUCGCCGCGCGUAACUGCCUCAUCACGUCCGGCUACGAGGUCAAGGUCGCCAACAUGAGCCUCACGCGCGACAUCUACGCGAAGGAGUACGACCGCUGGCGCGGCACCGCCGCCGCCCCCGUCCGCUGGAUGCCCCCGGAGGCGCUCGCCGACGACGACUUCUCGACACGCGCCGACGUCUGGUCGUUCGGCGUGCUCGCGUGGGAGGUGUUCACGCAGGGAGACCUGCCUUACAGCGGCCGCGCGGGCGACGACAUUGCCGCGGGCGUCGCCGCCGGCUCGCUGCGCCUGCCCCCGCUCGACCAGUGCCCCGAGCCGCUGCACGCGGUGAUGCGCGCCUGCUGGUCGCCGCGCUCCGCCGACCGGCCCUCGUUCAGCGAGCUUGCGGUCAGCAUCGGCGAGAUGACCGUCGACAGCGACCUGUAA